AUGAGCACCGCCGCCGUGGUCACUCCAUCCGCCGCCGAAGCCAAGGCGUACACGGCCUCACUUGUCGACGCCGAGCAGAAGGCCGUCGAGAUGUUCAAUGAGAUCCCGUCGCUCAUCACCGUCGGCAUGACGGAGAAGGCGCUCUCUGACGCGAUCCACCACCUCGGUGAGACCAAGUACGGCGUGCGCACGCACUGGCACAAGCGCAUCAUCCGGAGUGGACCGAACACGCUCCGCCCCUUCGAGGACAACCCACCGGACCGCAAGAUCGAGGCAGAUGACAUUCUCGUCAUCGACCUUGGGCCGGUGUUCGAAAAGUGGGAGGCCGACUUUGGGCGCACGUACGUGCUGGGCGACGACCCCGAGAAGAAGGCCAUGGUCGCUGCGCUCGAGCCUAUCUGGCAACGCAUCAAGGCGCGCUUUGACGCUCGGCCUGACAUGAGUGGAGAAGAGCUGUAUAAGAUUGCGCAAGAGGAGACGGCCAAGGACGGAUACGACUGGGGUGCGCCGAUUGCGGGCCACAUCGUCGGGCACUUUCCACACGAGCGCAUCCCGCGCGACAAGAUCAGUCUGUACAUUGCCGACGGAAAUGGGUCCACCAUGGCCUCGACAGGCAAGAACGGCCACAAGCGCCACUGGAUUCUCGAGAUCCACGCGCGGGACAAGCAGGGCCGCUACCAGGGUUUCUUCGAGCAGCUGUUGACGCUGUAG